AUGGAUGCAAACCAGACAAGUGUGGUGAGAGAAUUUGUCCUGGCAGGCUUCUCUGAAAGACCAGCUGUUGAGGCAGGGCUGUUUGUAUUAUUUCUUCUCUUUUAUGUGUCCACUUGGGUAGGCAAUGUCCUCAUCAUGGUCACUGUGGCCUCUGAUAGCCGACUGAAUGCCUCACCCAUGUAUUUUCUUCUUGGCAACCUCUCUUUCCUGGACUUGUGUUAUUCAACAGUAACCACCCCUAAGCUUCUGGCUGACUUCCUUGAUAAUGCAAAGCUCAUUUCCUACGACCAAUGCAUCGUGCAGCUCUUCUUCCUGCAUUUUGUAGGGGCAGCGGAGAUGUUCCUGCUCACAGUGAUGGCCUAUGACCGCUAUGUGGCAAUUUGCCGACCUCUGCACUACACCACUAUCAUGAGUCGACGAUUAUGUUGUGCUUUGAUAGCUGCUUCCUGGACAGGAGGAUUCGUGCACUCCACGGUCCAAACGAUUCUCACUAUCCGGCUGCCUUUCUGUGGCCCCAAUCAAGUGGACAACUUCUUUUGUGACGUUCCUCCAGUCAUCAAACUUGCCUGUGCAGACACGUUUGUCAUCGAAUUGCUAAUGGUAUCGAACAGCGGACUGAUCUCUACCUGCUCCUUUGUGGUGCUGGUUUCUUCCUACACCACCAUCCUGCUCAAGAUUCGCUCCAAGGAGGGGAGGCGAAAGGCACUCUCUACCUGUGCCUCCCACCUCAUGGUGGUCACACUGUUUUUUGGACCCUGUAUUUUCAUCUAUGCUCGUCCCUUUUCCUCUUUCUCUGUGGACAAAGUGGUGUCUGUGCUCUACAACGUUAUAACCCCCAUGCUAAAUCCCCUCAUCUACACACUUCGGAACAAAGAAGUCAGGUCAGCCAUGAGUAAACUGUGGAACAGGAGUAGACUUACUCGGAAAAAGGAAGAGACAUGA